AUGUGUGCCAGGUAUUCAGAUUUGGAGGAUGAGGAAGAUGAUGAAGAGGAGGAGGAUGAAGAUAGCGCAUGGCAAGCAAGCGGAGAAGCCAUUUUCCCCAACAACCAGGAACUGUUUAUCAUCCUGGAGCCAGUACCCUCCCAACCCACCGAAGGCCGGCUCCCAGACCUAGAAGGCGGAGAAGGGACCUCUGCAAGACUUAAUAUUGCACAUUACUGGAAUAAUGUGACUCCUCCUCCUCUGGAAUUAUGCACUGCAGAUCUUCAAAGCCUUACUACGCAAACGAGGGAAAGGAUCGAACGCUUGAAUAUAUAUAUAUAUAUAUACAUAUAUAUAUAUAUACACACACACACACACACACACACAUACACAGAGAGUGAAAACAUAACCACCAUGAAGAUCCCCACUGCUGCAGGAUUUGUUACAUUAAUGCUGUUCUGUUUAGUCCAUGCGGAAAUCUGCCCUCUGUCCUGCAUCUGUAAGCGACUUGGAGAAAUGAAGGGUUGGUUAGUAGACUGCAGCUCAAAGGGACUAAAGGAAGUGCCUGCCCUGCCUGUCAGCACCAGGAAACUUUAUCUACAGAAUAACAGCAUGACCACAGUUCGUACUGGUGCAUUUGACAACUUACAUAACCUAGAGGAAGUGAAUGUGUCCGACAAUCCCUGGAAUUGUGACUGUGACAUUCUGUAUCUCAAACUCUGGCUGGAGGACUUCUCCGAAUCUUCUAUUGCUAACGUCAUCUGUGCAACCCCAGCUUCCAAUGAGAGGAAGCCUCUGAGCCAGUUGAGUGGGAAUGAGCUGGACAGCUGCAGGAAAUCCCUCCCAAUUAAAUGCCUCGAUUUCUUUUGGCGAGAUCUUGCUUUGAUCACUUCUGCAGUAAUUGUACUUAUUUUAACAUCAUGUGCUCUGAGGUUCUCCAAAAAGCUAGCCUACCCGGUUACCACAAGAGAUUAUUAUUCUGCUGCCCCGCUGCUGCGGAAGCAUAACCUAGAAAAUUACAUGUCACAGUGAGAUGUUGCUGUCACCAAUAGCUCUUCACAGAAAUGCCAAACUAACCUAAUACAAAGGAUACCCUUCUUAGCUAUUACUGGCUAUGCAAGUGUAAGUGUACUCAAGAUGGAUCCCAGACCACAAAGUUUGCCAGGGGAGAAGUUCGUAUGAAGAUCCAGUAUUCAGAUCCAAGGUUUUGGUUGGAGGCCACCUCUAAAAUGCACUUAAAUUUACUUACUGGCAAGUCAGAAUAAGUUAUUUUAAUAUUACAUUCUCUAAAUAUCUAAGGAAAGUAGUUAGGAAAUUUUACUUGUCCAGUCUUGUGAUUUUUGAAGAAUUAAUUUCCCAUUUUUACCAAUGAAAUCCCAGCUCUUCUAGCAAAAGGCUAUUUACAGUCUACUGCUAGCUAGUUUCUGGUGGAUUUUGAUUGCACUAUUGUUACUAAUUUAGACUCUGAUCCUAAAGCUGACUGCACCCCAUCAUGCUGGCGGAGUCCUAUUGACUUGAACAGGCACACACUUGCACCUGCAGAGGAGAGGGCUGGAUUUGACAGCAUGCAGAGAUUCCCCUGGCAGCAGAACCAGUGUGGCUAUUGGGGCCAGCCCUUGGAUUUACCCCUUAAUAAACAUGAUUUUAAGCUUCCUGAAAAUUAAUGUGCAUCCAUUAAGGAGUCCUUUUAAAUACUACUGAAUUUCCUAGAAAACACUUGAGAAAAAUUGUAUUCUGUGUGUGAUAUUUAA